UUUACAUAAUAAAUUUUUAUUUUAGAUUUUAAUGGCUUAAAUCUAAUGCUAAAGUUUUAAUUCAAAAUUAUUAAAGUAUUAUAGAAGAACCUUUUUAAAGAUGAGUGGUUGUUUAGAUAAUGCUCACUGUCCAAGUUUUACAUGUCCUGAUCUUUCUGAGCGAAAAAAUCAAAUUGCAUCAGUUGCUUCAGGAUUUCUGUUUUUUGUUGGUUGGUGGAUUUUAAUUGAUGCUGCUGCUAAUGAUCCAUUAAAGAAGGAUGUUUAUCAUAUCUGUGGUGUUGUAUCUACUGUUGCUUUUUUCAUGAUAAAUGCUGUUUCAAAUGCUCAAAUACGAGGAGAAACAUUUGAUUCUGGUUGCCUUGGACAGACAGGAGCUCGGAUUUGGGCUUUAAUUGGAUUUAUGCUUGGUUUUGGAGGUCUCAUUGCAGCAUGUUGGAUUUUAUUUGGUGCAUAUGUUGCAUCAGAUGAUCCAAACACUUGGCCUGGUGUUGCUGUUUUUCUACAAAAUGCUUUCAUUUUUUUCAGUGCGCUUAUAUUCAAGUUUGGCCGUUCUGAAGAGGAAUUUUAAAUUGCGUUCUUUACAGUCGUAACAACUAAGCACGUUGCUAUGGAUCAUUAACAGUUAGGAAGACGUAAAAGAUUUUCAUUGGAGCGUUUGAAUUUUUAAAAGUAAUAUUUGUAAUUUUUUUUGUCUAACCUUUAAUUUAUUAUCUAAAUAAUUUAUUUAUUUUCUUUUUUUCUUCUUUAUUAUUAUUAUUAUUUGUAUAUAUAUUUUUUACUAAAGUAAUUGUUUUUUUCAGUCAUGAGUUAAUUUCUUUUAUACUUAUCUUAUCUUGUUCAAGCUUUUUUUUAUCAUAUAUUUAUUUCGAUUUUUUUAAGUUUAGUUUAAAAAUAUUCAUAUUUAAACGUUAGCUAAAUGAUGUAAUUCGUUGAGAAUUUAUGAAAUUAUUUCGUGUAAUA